GCACGAGAACAUCUAUGAUAAAUAUUGCAAAUAUUGUUCUUGAGACAAAUAAUCUCAAAAAAUUGAUCUGAGAAUGUAAAAACCUAAUAAACUGAUAGUUAAAUCUUUUUUAUUUAUUUUUAAGUGAUUAUCUUUAUCAUAUAUGAGUAUAUCUCAGUUAUAUCAUCAGUAUUAUUAAGCAUUUUGUUGAUGAGUAGAAUAGAUUGAUUCUAGCAAUUUGUCGUAAAAGCACUUCAAUUUGCCUACUUCCUUAUUUUGAUUCAUACAUCGUGGCAAACGUGGAUAUUAAUUUAUUGCCUCUUUAUUGUGUCCCAUCGAAACAAUCCAGCUUUUGAACUUUGUACGUGACUUGAUUCAGAGUAUCCCGUGUAAUAGGUAUAAAAGAUUCAUCGACUAUCUCACCGCAGACAUUCUUUCACGAUAUUGUUCAGUAGCAUCAUUUGAUCAUGUUCGAGUAUUUUGUACUCGCUUUUGCCUUUUGGUGCCAAAUUCACGAAUAUGUAUUCGCAAAAACUAAUACAAUUUACAAAGGCAAUCUACCAACACAAAUAGCACCAUCAGAAAUACCGGUAUUGCUAAACACAAGUGAACACAAUUGCAGUGAGAAUGCAGGGCAGUUAAAUAACGUACCGGCAAAUGGGCAUAAUAAUUAUCAUGUGGGCCAAUUAAUAUUUUACGUAUAUGGCGAGCAGCAAUUAAAACGACUAUUACCAGAUAAUAACCUGAAUAUUAAACCGGAUAAUAAACAUACAGAAAAAUUGAAGAAAAAUGAUUAUCUCAUCACGCCUGGCAUCGGAGCACACAAGCUUCAUUCUCGCAAAGUUACUUGGAAUAAAGCUCGUCAAGCUUGUAUUCAAGAAGGAGGUCAUUUGGCGAUUAUUAAUUCGGCUUUAGAGGAAAUGAUUCUUAUACAUAUGCUACAAGACAAAAACGUAACCGCGGGUUGGCUCGGCCUCCACGAUUUCUACGAAGAGGGUGAUUGGGUUACCAUUUUAGAUGAAUCCUUAGAAAGCACAGGGUACACCAGGUGGACGACUAAAUGGCCAAACGAACCCAAUAACGCCGGUGGUGAUCAAAAUUGUGCGACCCUUAUUACCUGGGGCGGAAUGGCUGAUAUAAAGUGUGAUCUUUCGUAUUCCUUUUUUUGUGAAAUUUCUAUAUGAAAUGUUUCGUCGAGCGCGCGUUUUCAUUAUAAAUUGCGAUUCCCGUUAACAUAAUUAAUUGUACCGAUCCGAAAAUGAGUUGAUAAUAAACUGACAUCUAAAAUUAUUUUUUAUUGAUUCUUAUACAUAUUUCUCACAUGGUAAUAUUUAUUAUUAUUCAGUACUGUGUUACUGCACAAACGAAUGUUGGCUGUAUAUUACGUCAUUAUUUCAAAAUUACUCAGUAGCAAAAUUUAACGAUGUACUUCUUAAUUAUUCUUGCUUUAUGCUAUCAAAGUCAUAGAGAUAUGCGGUUGAUACGACCCGCGAGCUUCCGUUAUCGCUAAACUGAACUACACUAGAUAACAGUAGUGUAGUUGCAGAUAAAAUUUAUUCUACUAGUAUAUUUCAUUUGCAAAUAAAUAUUAAUGAGCAAAAUAAACUUUCUGACGUUCUAAAUUUCUUAUAGUUUGCUUUAUUUUUGUCAUUCUUCUUUUUAAUUCAAAGACUUUUUAAUUAAAUAAUUUUUUGAUUGGAUUAGCAUGUCUGUUCUUACCCAUUUGUCUUCACAGACAUUGAACGUAUUUUGUCAAUUGGCACAAAAUAUGUGCAGCUAACGAAUCUUUGCGAUUCACUCGCUUUUUAUAGAUUACGUAAUUAAAAACGUAUAGUUUUUAGAGAAAGAAAGAUGGAUAUGGAAAGAUAAAAGAAGCGAAAACAUUCUUUGUUUCAAGAAAUAAUAAGAUAAUUUGAUAUAUUUCCUUUAUGAGAUGACUUACACCA